AAUCGGUAUUGACAAAAGCUGAAAAAAAAAAAAAAAAAAAGAGAGAGAGAGAGAGAAAGAUGCGUCCUUUAGCACCGCUUUUAUGUCUUUACGACCACCUCAACUCUUUCACCCAUCUCAUCUCCUCAGUUAUGGCCUCUCCCUUCUCUCCUACUAUACUAUUCUCCCUCUCUCUCUCUUCACUAGUAUUAUUUUCUCAAAUUCCAAAUCUUCUCUCACGUUACAAUACUUUCCUAAUUCAUUUCACAUUUCUUGUCUAUGGGUUAUUUUAUAUCAUGCAAUGCAGAAUCAGCAAUUGCCACCUGCGAUUCUUAUAACUGCAACUUUAUAAAGAAUCGAAAAAAACAUACCCAUAUUAAAAUCAGAGAGUUUUCUUACUCUGAUCUUCACUCUGCCACCAAUGCUUUUUCUCAAGACAAUCUUUUAGGUAAAGGCAGCCAUGGAUAUGUCUACAAAGCUCAUCUUCAUCAAUAUAAACUCAUUGCAGCUGUUAAAAAGAGCAAAAUAAACAGUUCCACCAAUUCCCCAACUGAAAAUGAGAUCGAAAUUCUUUCAAGAGUUCAUCACCCCAGGCUAGUUAAUUUACUAGGUUAUGCAGUGGAUGACUCCAAUCAGAAUAAACUGAUUGUUGUGGAGUUUAUGCCAAACGGGUCUUUAUAUGAACUUCUUCAUUGUUCAUCUAAACCUCCUAAUUGGACCCGACGUGUCAAAUUUGCGUUACAAAUCGCAAAGGGUGUUCAUUUCUUACAUUCUUCGAAUCCCCCAGUGAUUCAUAGAGAUAUUAAAUCGUCGAAUAUUCUUCUUGAUGGAAAUUUCAGUGCUCGUCUUGGUGAUUUUGGAUUGUCUUUACGUGGCCACGUUGAAGAUGUGGUCGUGAAAAGUACGCCCCCAGCAGGCACGUUAGGGUAUUUGGAUCCCGGUUAUCUUGCACCAAGUGAUCUAAGUACAAAAUCUGAUGUUUUUAGCUUUGGGAUUUUGUUACUGGAAAUCAUUAGUGGACGUAACGCAAUCGACGUUAAUUAUAGUCCGCCAUCAGUAGUAGAUUGGGCAGUACCGUUAAUUAAAUCCGAAUAUUAUUCGGAUAUUUGUGACCCGAGAAUCGGAUCACCCGAGGACGACGGCGUUUUACGGCAACUCGCGGUGGUGGCGGCGCGUUGCGUACGUAAGACGGCGGCGAAACGACCGGCGAUGGUUGAAGUGGUGGAGUGGUUGAAAUUGGUGUAUAAAAGAAUGAGUUCCCCUAUAUGGAAUCACAUUGGGCGGCGCGUGGGGAGGGUAACAGAAUCGUCGCGCGUGGUUAAGUACGAGGCUUUGGAUGAUAGUAUGGAAGUAGUCAAGAUCUCGAGAAUUGGGAGUACUACUAGAAGAAAUAGGAAAGUAUCCAAUGUGGUGAGCGUAGAUUUAGGAAAUAUUAAUAAGGAUCAAGAAAUAAAACCUGUUAUUAGGUCAAAAUCUAUUGGUUCACUUGGUGAGAUUGGAUUUGAGCCGUUGGAUUUCGGUAAUAGUAAUAAUCAGACGAUUAGGAGGAAAGGAGGAUUGGCUGUGAAGAUGCCAACAGUAAGGUUGAUUAAGUCAAGAUCAAUGGGGAUGAUACAAAGUAGUACAAGGUUAAUGUACAAGAGUAGUAGUAAUGGUGUUGUGGUAAAGUUUGUGAAAAAACCAAAUGGAAAAGAAUUAGAGGAAUCUAAAUUGUUAGUUGAUGUAGGAAAAGAACCCCAAAGGGGAGAGUAAUUGAUUGCAUUAUGAUUUAUUUAUUUAUUUAUUGCUUGUUGUAUUAUUCAUUUACUUCCCUUGUGGUAAAUUUAAACAGUUGUACUUUUUUUUUUCUCACCAUUAAGAUUUUCUUGAAAGAGAAAUUGUAUUUGCUUAUGGAAUUGAAAUCUAGCAUGCCUUGUUGAGAUUAAUGUGAUACUGUAAGGAGGAUUAAAGUUUAAGAAUCUUUUAGA